UAAAUGUUUGGCUAAUAAUAACAACACAAUUGCAUUGAAUUUUUACAUUACAUUACAUUAGACUAGACGUGUCAUUACAUACCCGCCGCUGAAUAAGUGGACAGAAAAAAACAAAAACAAGUCAUCGACAACACCAACAACAAUGCCACUAAAACUUGACGUCCGCCGCAAACUACUGUCCCGUUCGGAUCGGGUCAAGUGUUGUGAUCUACACCCGCUUGAGCCGUGGAUGUUGGCCUCCCUAUACUCGGGUCAGGUACAUGUCUGGAAUCACGACAGCCAACAAUUGGUCAAAAGUUUCGACGUAUGCGAUGUACCCGUACGUACCGCUAAGUUUGUUAGCCGCAAAAAUUGGAUAGUGACCGGUUCGGAUGAUAUGACCAUCCGUGUGUUCAACUAUAAUACCCAGGAACGGGUCCACUCGUUUGAAGCCCAUUCCGAUUAUAUCCGAUCCAUUUAUGUCCACCCGACCCAACCGUACAUAUUGACCUCAUCCGAUGAUAUGCUAAUUAAACUGUGGAAUUGGGACAAGAACUGGGCUCAUACCCAGGUAUUCGAAGGCCAUACACAUUAUGUUAUGCAAAUUGUGGUCAAUCCGAAAGAUAACAAUACGUUCGCAAGCGCUUCCCUGGACCGUACGGUCAAAGUCUGGCAAAUGGGUUCAUCGUCGCCGAACUUUACAUUGGAAGGACAUGAAAAAGGUGUCAACUGUGUUGACUAUUGUCAUUCGGGUGAUAAACCGUAUCUGAUAUCCGGUGCUGAUGAUCGGUUGGUGAAGAUUUGGGACUAUCAGACAAAGACAUGUGUACAGACUCUGGAUGGUCACGCCCAGAAUGUUUCAUCGGUUUGCUAUCAUCCGGAAUUGCCGAUUAUUAUGACCGGUUCGGAGGACGGAACGAUGAGGAUCUGGCAUUUGAAUACCUAUCGCUUGGAGAGUACACUGAACUACGGGUUGGAAAGAGUUUGGACGAUAUGUUGUCUGAAAGGAUCGAAUGCGGUGGCCGUCGGCUACGAUGAGGGCAGUAUUAUCAUCAAAUUGGGUCGGGAGGAACCGGCAAUGUCGAUGGACAGUUCCGGUAAGAUUGUAUGGGCUAAACAUUCGGAACUACAACAGGCAAACAUCAGGGCAAUGGGUUCGGGUGGCGGCGAAUCGGGUGAUGAACUAAAAGACGGUAACGUUUUACCAUUGAGUGUCAAAGAUAUGGGCAGUUGCGAGAUAUAUCCGCAGACAAUAUCGCAUAACUCGAACGGCCGAUUUGUGGUCGUAUGCGGUGACGGCGAAUAUAUUAUCUAUACGGCACUGACCCUCAGGAACAAGAGUUUCGGUUCGGCCCAGGAGUUUGUCUGGGCACUGGACUCAUCCGAGUAUGCCGUCCGGGAAAACGGUACCAAUAUUAAGAUAUUCAAAAAUUUCAAAGAAAAACAAUCGUUUAAACCCGAAUACGGUGCCGACAGUAUCUACGGUGGCCAUAUGUUGGGCGUUAAAUCGACCGCAGGUCUAGCUUUCUACGAAUGGGAUUCGCUGGAACUGAUACGGCGAAUAGAAAUUGAACCGAAAAAUGUUUUCUGGUCGGAAAACGGCGAUCUGGUUUGCAUAGCUACCGACGAUUCGUAUUAUAUACUGAAAUAUAGUCCCGAAGCUGUAGCUAAGGCCCGGGAUGGCCGCAGCAGCGAUACGGUUACCGAUGACGGUAUUGACGAUGCUUUCGAUGUUAUUGCCGAACUACAGGAAUCGGUCCGAACUGGGCUAUGGAUUGGCGAUUGUUUUAUUUACACCAAUAGUGUCAAUCGUCUCAACUAUUAUGUCGGCGGCGAAAUUGUCACCGUUGCCCAUAUGGAUCGAACCAGAUAUUUGUUGGGUUAUAUUCCGCGGGAAAAUCGGCUCUAUUUGGGCGACAAAGAGCUAAAUAUUGUCUCCUAUUCGCUACUGCUAUCGGUUCUCGAAUACCAGACGGCUGUCAUGAGAGGCGAUUUUGCCGCUGCCGACCAAAUACUGCCGUCGAUACCCAAAGAACAGCGGACACGUGUCGCACAUUUCCUGGAAAAACAAGGUUUCAAACAGCAAGCGCUGACCGUAUCCACUGAUCCCGAACACCGGUUUGAUUUGGCCGUACAGUUGAGCGACACAAAGAUUGCCUAUCAGUUGGCACUGGACGCCCAAAACGAACACAAAUGGAAACAAUUGGCCGAAUUGGCCACCACUUUGGGUCAAUUUGAUUUAGCUCAACAAUGUCUGCACAAUGCCCAAGAUUAUGCCGGCCUACUAUUGCUGGCCACAUCAUCGGGCAAUGCAUCGAUGGUCGAAAAGUUGGCCGAUUCGGCCCAACAAAAAGGCAUCAAUAAUGUAUCGUUUUUAUCGCAUUUUAUUUUGGGUAAUACAUCGAAAGCAUUGGACGUAUUGAUCGAAACCAAUCGUUUACCUGAAGCGGCAUUUUUUGCCCGAACCUAUUAUCCGUCAAAAGUAUCGGAAGUUUUGCAACUAUGGAAAGAUAGUGUAACCGCACGGACAAAGUCGGAUAAGUCGGCCCAAGCAUUGGCCGAUCCGGUCGAGUAUGAGAAUCUGUUUCCCAAUUUUGAUGAUUCACUGAAAGCUGAACAAUAUUUGAAUGGCAAACGGCUGGUGGCGGCGGGCAAUGAUGGCCAACAGUAUGAGCGGGCAAUAAACUAUCCGAACGUACCGUACAAUCACGAACGUAAUCCGAUCGAAGAAUGGAAAGCCGAAGCUAGCGGUGCUGUCUAUAGUCCGCUACCACACCAACAACAACAACAGCAACAUUCCCGAAGUGCCAGCAAAGAGAGUGUCGACUUCGAGGAAGCCCUGUCUUCGUUGCCCAAAGACAACAGCAAAGGCGGCGAUGUAUACAAUAGUAAAUCGGCGGCAGAUGUUAUGGACAGUUCGUUAGGCGAUUUAGACGAAGACUUGGAUAAUCUGGACAUCGAUGAUGUCGACGUUGAUGUCGAUGACAUCAACAUUGAUGAGGAUCUCCUAAGUGAAGACUAAUUGAAUAAUAAUUUUUUUUCAAAUUUUAAAGUUGAGUUUUUUUUAUAAAAAUGAAAAUCUCUUUGACUUAGCAAUUGAUAUUUAAAAAG